CGGAAUAUUAUUGAUCCGUGUUUAACCGGAUAUUAUACACUUUAUCCAAUACGUCGCCAUUUUAACGCAGAAGAAACCGGCACGCACGCACUUGUACAAUUUGCUAGAAUUUGAAAGCACAAGAAAAAUAUAAUGGCUGACGGAGCAAAUGAGGACUUGCAAACUGCCAUCCUUAAACGUAAAGACAGACCUAACAGGCUCCUUGUUGAAGAAGCUAUCAAUGAAGAUAAUUCAGUUGUCUCCCUUUCACAGGGAAAAAUGGAUGAGUUACAGUUAUUCCGUGGUGACACAGUACUCCUUAAAGGAAAAAGACGAAGAGAAACUGUAUGCAUCGUCUUGUCUGAUGACACAUGUUCAGAUGAUAAAAUCAGAAUAAACAGAUGUGUAAGGAACAAUCUACGAGUGAGGAUAGGAGACAUAGUCAGUAUACAAGCUUGUCCAGAUGUGAAGUAUGGAAAGAGGAUUCAUGUUUUACCAAUUGAUGACACAAUCGAAGGUUUAGCAGGAAACAUCUUUGAAGUAUUUCUUAAGCCAUAUUUUUUGGAAGCCUACAGACCCAUUAAGAAAGGAGAUAUUUUCAUAGUACGAGGUGGUAUGCGUGCUGUAGAGUUCAAAGUGAUAGAAACAGAUCCAAGUCCAUACUGUAUUGUGGCACCAGAUACUGUUAUACACUGUGAAGGGGAUCCAGUCAAAAGAGAGGAAGAAGAGGAGGCCCUGAAUGAGGUUGGCUAUGAUGACAUUGGUGGAGUUAGAAAACAGUUGGCACAGAUUAAAGAAAUGGUAGAACUACCUCUAAGACAUCCACAACUGUUUAAAGCUAUUGGUGUUAAGCCACCACGUGGAAUUUUGUUGUAUGGUCCUCCUGGAACUGGUAAAACUUUGAUAGCCAGAGCUGUUGCUAAUGAGACUGGAGCUUUCUUUUUCCUAAUCAAUGGUCCUGAAAUCAUGAGUAAAUUGGCUGGUGAAUCAGAGAGUAACUUGAGGAAAGCCUUUGAAGAAGCGGAGAAAAAUUCUCCAGCUAUUAUCUUCAUUGAUGAAUUAGAUGCUAUUGCACCAAAAAGAGAAAAGACACAUGGUGAAGUUGAGAGAAGAAUAGUGUCCCAGUUGUUGACCCUUAUGGACGGUUUGAAGCAAAGAGCCCAUGUGAUUGUAAUGGCAGCAACCAACAGGCCCAACAGUAUUGAUGGUGCACUCAGAAGAUUUGGUCGUUUUGAUAGAGAGGUAGAUAUUGGAAUACCUGAUGCCACUGGAAGAUUAGAAAUUCUUAGAAUUCAUACAAAGAACAUGAAAUUAGCUGAUGAUGUAGAUUUAGAACAGGUAGCAUCAGAAACACAUGGACAUGUAGGAGCUGAUUUAGCUGCCUUGUGUUCAGAAGCUGCUCUUCAACAAAUCCGAGAGAAGAUGGAUCUUAUUGAUCUGGAGGAUGAAUCUAUUGACGCUGAAGUAUUGGAUGCUUUGGCUGUGACAAUGGAUGAUUUCAGGUGGGCUCUAAGCAAGAGUAAUCCAAGUGCUCUAAGAGAAACAUCAGUUGAAGUACCAAAUGUUAGCUGGGAGGAUGUUGGUGGUCUAGAAAACGUUAAGAAAGAAUUACAGGAACUUGUACAGUAUCCAGUUGAACAUCCAGAAAAGUUUUUGAAGUUUGGUAUGACCCCAUCAAAAGGAGUAUUGUUUUAUGGACCUCCAGGUUGUGGUAAAACUUUACUAGCCAAAGCUAUCGCUAAUGAAUGUCAGGCUAACUUCAUCUCUAUCAAAGGACCAGAAUUAUUAACCAUGUGGUUUGGAGAAUCGGAAGCUAAUGUCAGAGAAAUAUUUGAUAAGGCAAGAUCAGCGGCUCCUUGUGUUUUGUUCUUUGAUGAAUUAGACUCCAUAGCUAAGGCUCGAGGUGGAAACAGUGGUGAUGGAGGUGGAGCUGCAGACAGAGUUAUUAAUCAGCUUUUGACAGAAAUGGAUGGUAUGAGUGCAAAGAAAAAUGUCUUUAUUAUUGGUGCAACUAACAGACCAGACAUCAUAGAUCCUGCCAUACUCCGACCUGGACGUCUUGACCAGCUGAUCUAUAUUCCCUUACCAGAUCUUAAAUCAAGAAUUCAGAUUCUUAAAGCAAACUUGAGAAAGUCACCAAUUUCUAGGGAUAUUGAUUUAGACUACUUAGCAAAGGUAACAGAAGGUUUCAGUGGUGCUGAUUUAACAGAAAUUUGUCAGAGAGCAUGUAAAUUAGCCAUCAGACAGUGCAUUGAAGCUGAAAUCAGAAACGAGAGAGAGAGACAAGCUAAUCCUGAUGCAGAUAUGGAAACAGAAGAUUAUGAUCCAGUUCCAGAAAUUACAAGAGCUCAUUUUGAAGAGGCCAUGAAAUUUGCAAGAAGAUCUGUUAGUGAUAAUGAUAUCAGAAAAUAUGAAAUGUUUGCCCAGACACUUCAACAGAGUCGAGGAUUCGGUGGCAAUUUCAGCUUCCCUGGAAGUGGAGGAUCAAGUCAGCCAAACCAAGGUGGAUCAGGGGGAGGUAACUUCCAGGACGAUGGUGAUGAUGACCUAUACAGUUAAACGUUGUUAGACAUUUCAUGUUACAUAAUUUAUUCUCAAAGUUGUUAAUAUUUUGGUGACAAAACAAUAGAAACCAUUUAUCAUUCAUUCUGUGGAGAAACAUGUCAUCCUAAAACAUUUAUCCUGCUAAGAAUGCACAAUAUUUUUAGUUGUUUUCUGUUUUAAGUUUUUGUAAAUUUAAAAGUUAAUAUAUGCUUUAGUUAUAUACUGAGAACUGGUCAAAGUGAAUGUCAGGUUGCAUGAAAGAUAUGAAUGGGAAUCAUAAAAACAAAGAAUUGGUGCAGAACAUAAUAUUUGUAAUGUGCAUUUGUCGUUUUUUCAUGAACAAAUUCAUUGUGAAAAUAUAUUUAUGUCUGAAUAUUUUUGUGAAAUAUAGAAAGCCAAGUACAUGUCAGUUAUCUUAUAUAUUUUGACAUAACUGAAGCAGGGUGAAGAACUGUGUCAAUUGUCAUCACCAGAAGAGGUUUUUUUCUAAAUAAAAAUACAACAUCA